AUGUUUGAAGAUGUCUGGGGUAACGACGUGUCGCGGCGUUGCUCGCUGCCCACACUGAACUCGUUCACAUUCCGCUGUGAAACAGACCGACAAGAAGACACUCCAAUGCGACGUCUGCCACCGCUCCCUCCCGUCGAGCCUCUGCCUCCGGGUCCAUUCAAUAACCCAUUCACCCCAAGCUCCCAUGUUCAAAGCCCUCCAAGCUCUCAAGACACAUUUCCGGCCAGUGUCAAAAUAUCUACAUCAGCAUGGCUUGCAGCGGAUCAGCAACAGCAUGCUAUUAUCUCUCCUCCAUCUCCAGUCAGCUCAGUUGAUUUCUCCCUCAAAGACACAUUCUCAACUCAAAAAGCAUUCGGCUGGCCCAAUGAUCUCUCCUAUACUGAGAUCAUGGCCCUCGUUCAACCCCGCAACAUCAACCGAAAGCCGCCUCUCCAGCAACUUUGUGGCCGCAAACGCAAGAACGAAACUAUGAUGUCGUCCGCAAGCGACCAAGACGACCAACGGGAGAAACAUCGUAUAGCCGAGGGAAACCGACGAAAAAAUCUCAGCCAACUUCAUCGAGAAUUGGAUAACCGUCUCCAUGAUUUCUUCCUUGAGCGUGCUGGAUGGAACCCCGGCAAAAGUUUGCCUCAGUCCAAGGAACAUAUUGUUCAGGGCGCGAUUUACCUUAUUGAUUUUUUGCUUGCUAUUGUUGUGUUUUUGAUGGGUCAGGAAAAGAACAUUCCGCCUCAGCUGUCGGAGAACCUGCAAGGUCAACUACGAAGUAUGCAGUUGCAACAGCUUGUUUCAAGCUUGCAGUCCCAGAACCAGGCUAUGCAGUAUCAGGUGCGGGCUUUGAAGCAGGAAUACGAUGACCUCUUGGGUAGGCAUCGGGCCUUGGAAUUCAAACUCAAGUCUUAUGAUCAGGUCUUUCGUUCGCCGAAAGCAGAGGUUAUCUCGCCACUGCCUCUGGCUGCGAUACCCCAAGAAGUAUCUUCACUGGCCCCUGCGUCAUCUUCGUCAAAUCAACAAGUAAAGAAGACAUUACCCGGUCUACGAGUCCUGUGCAAUGACAUUCCUGGCCUGGGUCCGGAUUGCUCUUUCUCAUCUGAUACUUCCAAUACUACAUUCUCUACUACCUCCAGCUUCAACCUCGAUGUUGUCCCACGUACAGUUAUGUCGCCAAUGACUACACGGCCUUCGUCGCCCAUGUGUCUUACGCCUUCAUCAUCGUCAUUCUCACAUUCGUCUUUACCAUCUUCUCGACGCGAGUCCUUGAAUCACACCUUGUGA